UGUUUCAGUUCACUAUAAAAAAAAACACAAGAGAGAAGACGACGAUGAUGAUUGUCCAGCAAGAAAGAAAAGACUAACUGAAGCAGAUCUCUGUGCUGGCCCUAAUGACUGGAUUCUUUGUGCACACCAGGAUGUAGAAGGUCAUGGAGUAAGUUCAUGCACUGGUGGCCUUUCCAUACCUGGCAUGUUAGAUGUUACAUGUGAAGAAAUGGAUCAGACAACUGGAGAACCACAGUGUGAAGUUGCCCGAAGAAGGCUUCAGGAGAUUGAAGACAGGAUAAUUGAUGAAGAUGAAGAAGUUGAAGCUGACAGACACAUUAACCAUCUCCCCAGUCUUGUCCUUUCUGAUACUAUGAAAACAGGCUUAAAGAGGGAAUUUGAUGAAGUUUUUACAAAGAAAAUGAUUGAGUCCAUGAGCCGUCCUUCCAUGGAGCUCGUGCUCUGGAAACCUCUCCCUGAACUCCUUUCUGAUAAGCCAAAGCCAUCAUCUAAUGCUAAGAACUACACAGGAGAGAGCCAAACCAAGCAUGUAGCUGCUGGCACUGCCUUCCCUCAGAGAACUGAACUAUUCUUGGAACCUCGGCAAACAGGGAUGCCUCUUUAUAAUAAUCUGGAGACAGCUGCUAACACAGAAGAAGAGAUGGAACUCUAGAAACCAGUUUCUUUGCUAAGUUGUCAAAUUUUAGAAGGCUUCUGCAUUCAGUCAUGAGCCUACUGGUACAGGAUAGGGACUUGAAAGUUUGAUGAAACGGGUGUAGUAAUAUCUCCACCUGUGAUUUGGGGUGGGACUCUCAUUUUGGGUAGCCAUUUAUUGAAUUUAGCUUUUUGCCAAGGAAGCCUGUCUCAAGGGAAAAGCAGUUUUCUAGGGGGUUUACUAAAGGAAUGUUAGGUUAAAAAUUUUUCAGAGGCAAGUGUAGAAGCUGUGUGUGUAUGGUUGGCUUAAGUCAUGUCAUAUUGUCUAAACCAGUCAGACAUGUGGAGGAUAUCUCUUGGGCUAAAAAAGAUUAAGAAAGGAUGGUUGUUCUGCAGCUGUACCUUGACAGUUGAGUUACAGUUUCUUAGUCUGCAGAUAUGAGCUAUCGUACACAGUGAUGACUAUGUAUGGUAGGGGAGGAGAGUAGGAAGCUAGCAGAAGCUUAAGCCCAUUGCUAGGAAAUUUAACAGAAACUUUGAAACCGGUAUAUUAGUUGUCAAUUAAAUAUAGCUGUAUCGAUUAAGUAGGCAGUAGCACUGUGCUUCUCCUCUUUGCCUCUGAAAAUGCAGUGAAAAUACAAAGAACAGGUUUUUACUUCAAGGUGUUUUUGCCUUGUGUUACUGUUGAUUCUUGGUUUCCUUUGUAUAAUUGAUAAGCUGAGUUAUUCAGUAAUGUUUACAACCUAAUUAACUUUGAGUGAUAGUUUAAAAGAUUGAGAGGUUAACCUGCAAGUUACCUACGAGAGAAGCAUCCUUUCGAUAAUACUAAGGGAGAGCUGUAUCAGCUAGAUCUGCAUUGAUAACUUCUGUGGUUGAAAAAAAGGUUGUACUUGUUUUAGCAAGUUGAGUUUUUUAAAUGUUCACUAGAAAGCAGUGAGUAAUUAACUGAGAAUAGGUGUGAAAUUGAGAUUUCCUGAAAUAGCUAAUUUGGUGCUUAAACUAUUAUGCAGUAAGCCUAAAACUUAGUAGAGAAUAGCUUCCUGCUACAGGAAGUCUUCAUCUUCUUGAGUACCUAAACCAGGCUCAAGAUGUCCUUUUGGGAUAUCCAGGAUAGAAGUGUUUAUUUCUCAGGAAGUGCUCUUUCUGUAUGGACUCCUAGUACAAAGUAAAAUGACAAUUCCUUUAUUGCUACAGAAUAUCCACUGUAAGUUAUUACACAAGUUGAUGUAAUACUGGCCUUCUCAUCACACAACAGGAGACCAUCCCAAUUCUUUUUUUUUUUCCUGGAUUUCUUCCCCCUUUUUAGGAGUCAGAUAUCUUUUGUAGGAAAAAAAUGCUUUAUUCCAAGUAGAGGUGAAUUUGUAGAAACCAGCUUCCAGGCACUUUGGAGACCCAUCUGAAGUCCCUCCCCUGUUACAGACGGUGUAGAAGUCACAAGUCUGUUCAUUGGACUGUUUCUUCGCUUGCCUGUUGUCCCUGCUUUCUCUAUUUCUGUCUGGAUAGUCAGGAAAAAAUUUAAUGUUUAAUAUUUAAACAACAUAUUUAAUGUCUACACAGUAUAAUUAUUCAAACUUCAAACCAGUAUUGAAACCAGUUGGAAACCAGCUAAUAGUUUCUUAAUCUCAGACUUAGAGAUGAAUGUAAACUGUAUUCUGUUGAAAUGUGCAAGUGUUUGAUUCAUGCCGCUUGAAAAACUGCCUUGAGGUCAUUGUUUAAUGGGACCAACUUGUAAAGUUUGUAGCCUUAAAGAAAUUUCUAUGCCGAAAUAAUUUGUUUUCGUAUAACUGGGAAGCAUGAAGGGACUGCCCAGAGUUUGGAGUUAGUCCCAGUGUUAGGGCGGAAAGGGAGAUGACAGUUUUCCAAAGAAGGACCCAACACACACCAAGAUUAUCUUCUAUGGAUUUCUUGAGAAGGUCUCUCGUCAAAGGUCUAUACGAUGAGGAGGAAGGAAGAGCCCUAAGCAAGGCACCAAUACUGUUGGCAAAUAAAGAAGACUAAGGUUCUGUUCAUUAAAAACUCCAAACAGAACUUGCUUCAGGAGUCAAGUUAUCUAACAUUAUUUCUGCAGGAAAUGGAUAAUAAAUGCUCCUUUUUGGAUUUUUAUCGAAUUGCAUAUGUUAGUACAAAAUUUUGUCUUCUUCCUUAUCCUUGUGGUGCUUAUUCAUCUGAGCCGUCUCCACAGUCCCAAUGCCUCUUUUUGUUUUUCCUUUUGUAGCAUAAGGCUCUUUUCUUUUCUUUUCUUUUUUUUUUUUUUUUUUUUGCUUUUGCCUUAAGGUUUCCAUGGGGGACUAGCAGUUCUUUUCAUUUUGUACAGCUUUUGCAGCAUGGAUCAAACAUUGGCUUACUAUGCUAAUGUGUGAAGAGAAAAGAUUAUCUAAAGCAGGUGAGCUUUAAUGAACAAAUGUAUAUUUUCUCUGAGUUUGACUAAGGGUGUGUGUGGUUUUUGUUUUAAUAUGAAGCAAGUAAGUCCCAGUUCUUACAAAUGUUAAUCAGUUAAGAAGAAACUGUUUUUCAUUCUUAAAAAGGUACAAAUAUUAAA